AAAGCCGGAAGCUUUGCGGCAUGGCGGAGGCGGCGGAGGCGGGCGUGGCGGCGGCGGGGGCGGCGUCGGCGCUGCUGGACCUGCCGGAGCCGCUGCUGCUGCUCAUCCUCGGCUCCCUCCACGACCCGCGCUCGCGGCACCGGGCCUCCAUGGCCUGCCGCUGCUGCUGCUCAUCCUCGGCUCCCUCCACGACCCGCGCUCGCGGCACCGGGCCUCCAUGGCCUGCCGCCGGCUGCUGGCGGCGGAGCGGGCGACGCGGGCCGCGAUGGCGCUCCGCGGCGACCCGAGGACGCCCGACUUCCUCCUGCUCCCGCCGGCCUUCUGCUUCCCGGCGCUCGAGCGGCUCGACCUCUCCCUCGCCUCGCCCUGGGGCCACCCGCUGCUCUCGUCCGCCUCGCGCGUCGCGGGGGCGCCGGCCUCCGCCUCCUCCAACCACCUCCCGCUCAGCCCGGAGGAGGCCGCCGAGCGCAACGCCUUCGUCGCGGCGCGCCUCGCCGCCUACUUCCCCGCCGUGGCCCGCCUCGCCGUCUACUGCCGCGACCCCUCCACGCUCGCCAGCCUCGCGCCCUGCUGGCGGGCCACGCUCCGCGCCGUCAAGCUCGUGCGCUGGCACCAGCGGCCGCUCGACCUCCCCGGCGGCGCGGAUCUCGAGCCGCUGCUCGGGUCCUGCCCCGCACUCGCGGCCCUCGACCUCUCCGAGUUCUACUGCUGGACGGAGGACGUCGUGCCGGCGCUCGACGCGCACCCGGCCGCCGCCGCCAGGCUCACCGACCUCGACCUCGGCCUCGCCGGCGCCUCCAACGGCUUCCACGCCGCCGAGCUCGGGGCCAUCGCGACCGCCUGCCCCGGCCUCCGGAGGCUCGUCGCGCCCUGCGUCUUCAACCCCCGCUACGUCGACCACGUCGGCGACGACGCGCUGCGCUCGCUCGCCGUCAGCUGCCCCCGGCUCACCGUCCUGCGCCUCAGCGAGCCCUUCGAGCCGGCGUCCACCAGCCAGCGGGAGGAGGCGGGCAUUACCGCCGUGGGGCUCGUCGCCUUCUUUGCCGCGCUCCCUGGGCUGGAGGACCUCACGCUGGACCUCCAGCACAAUGUGCUCGAGGCAGCUCCGGCGAUGGAGGAGCUCGCACGCAGGUGCCCGCGGAUUAAGGUCCUGACGCUGGGGUGCUUCCAGGGGCUGUGCAAGGCCGCCUGGUUGCAUCUCGACGGCGUCGCCGUGUGCGGCGGGCUGGAGUUGCUCUGCAUCAAGAAUUGCGAGGAUCUCACCGACGCCAGCCUUGCGGCGAUCGGCCGUGGCUGUGGGAGGCUUGCCAAGUUUGCGAUCCAAGGAUGUAACCUUGUCACGUCAGAUGGGAUCAGGAGGCUAGCUGUGGCGCUCCGGCCGACAUUGAAGGAGGUCAGUGUGCUGCACUGCCGGUUUCUGCACACUGCAGCAUGCCUUGCUGCUCUGAACCCGAUCCGCGAUCGGAUUGAGAGCCUUGAGAUCAACUGUGACUGGGAGGAGGUUGAACAGCCCAGCUCCAGCUGCGUGGCCAAUGGCACAACCGGAAGUGAUCAUGAGGAUGACGAGCCUAGUGAAAUGGCGUACCAGUCCGCGCCCAAGAAAUGCAGGUUCUCCUACUUGGAAAUGGAUAAUUAUGAAAGCUGGGAAAUGCUCCGCUCACUCUCCCUUUGGUGCCCUGCUGGUCAGCUGCUCUCCCCGCUCAUUUCUGCCGGGCUCGAUAGCUGCCCUGUGCUUGAGAAGAUCUCGAUUAAGGUGGAGGGCGAUCUUCGGACGUGUCCGCGUCCAUUUCAUGGGUCAGCGUUUGGCUUAAGCGACCUUGGAGCCUUCCAGGCGUUGGCCAAGAUGAAACUGGACCUCAGCGAGGCGGUGGGUUAUGCACUCACCGCGCCAACGGGGCAUAUGGAUCUUUCACAGUGGGAGCGGUUUUAUCUGAGCGGUAUCGAGUCAUUGCUGAGUUUGUAUGAACUGGACUACUGGCCGCCCCAAGACAAGGAUGUGAACCACCGGAGCCUGUCACUGCCAGCGGUCGCAUUGUUCCAGCACUCCAUCGGACUCAGGAAGCUCUUCAUCCAUGGCACCACACACGAGCACUUCAUGAGCUUCUUCCAGAAAAUGCCAAACUUGAGGGACGUGCAGCUAAGGGAGGACUACUAUCCAGCACCAGAGAACGACAUGAUGAUCACAGAGAUGCGGGCUGAAUCUUGUCUCCGGUUCGAGCAGCAGCUGAACAACCGGCAAUUUCGGCAAAUUCCUGAUUGAUGCUGAAUUGGCAAUUUCGGCAAAUUCCUGAUUAGUGCUGAAUUGGGUGCACCAUUACAGUGUUUCGAGGUUGAAUACAUCAACACAGAGAGCCCUUGCUCUUGUAUAGUCACCCAGAGUGCUACUCAUGUAUGAGUGUAGUAACUGGAAUUGCUGAGUCCAUUGAUGAUAAGAGUAGAAGACAAUGCCUGAUCAAGUGACAGUGGUAUCGAAUCUUUAUUUGCAUUCCUUUUUCGUUUUUCUGGUGUAAUAAGAGAGAGACUCAGAGUUGACAUAUUUGCAGGAGGCAAGAUGAUAAGUUAGCAUUCGAGGGAAUUUUGUCAAGGGAAAAAGUUUUUUAUUUAUUUUCAAGCUGAGCUCAGUUGAACUGCGGCAAGAGAAAUUGGCGUUAUUAUUCUGGUUUGAGCAUGAGUUCAAACUGCAUGGCAAACAGGCUUACAAGCUGCUAUACUAAGUACUGAAAUGAGAUGAACUUGUAACACCUGACAGAAGAAAGUUCAGCCCGCCAUUAAGAAUUCAGUCUGAUCGCCCCGCCACUACAGAAGUACAGAGUGCUGAAAUUAACUUUCUUCCUUGUUGAUGCAGGCAUCAAAGAUCAAAGGAGCUUCUGCAAGGUCCAAGCAAGCAGCCCAUCAUCAGAGCAGACUAGCACAAUUUGCUGAUAGGAGUACUUGUUAACCCAAAGGCCCCGAACUAACUGAGGAGUGGUUCCGCAAAUCAUAGCAUGACAAGGAGGACAGGACAGGACGGAGAGGCGUGCCGCGGAACAAGAUCGGGCAUCGGAACAUAUUGCAGAAGAUCUCGUAUGGACGCGCGCCCUUCCAAGCUCCGAUCCCAGGUGCGUUUUGUCAAAGUGAGGUCCCAACGAUUCUCCUCUUUGAGCUGCUGCCAUUGGAGGGAAAGGCACCCAGCCAAGCACUCUGGCUGCGUACUCUUGGUGACAGAGAGGCCUCUGUUUGUCCCAAUCUAAUGUGCGAGCAGCGCGUGCGCUAACACUAAUGCCUUCUUUUCGGGGGGUUAAGUACUUAGCUGGAGGCGCCUCAGUGGAGGAGGAGGAUGCUGGUGCUGCAUAGAGAAUUCAGUGCAAAGCUGGCUGCCGUCUGGAAGGGCCAGAUCGAUUGGGCCGCCGUGGAAGAAGAAACGCCGCGGCGGUUGCACGCUGCGGUACUGAUCAAGAGGUUGCACGGUGGGUCGCGCCUCCCUUUUGUCGUGCGGUUUAUCCAUCCGUGUAUGAACCAAAGCUCAAAAAGCAGCCGCAGAUUCUCAAUGCCAUUCCAUUCCAUUCCAUUCCAUGAGUCGGAAAUAUUCGGCAAGUGCCUGCCUGCCUGCUGACAAGUGAUUCCGAGGUCAGAUCGAUUUGCCGAUGGAUGGACGCUUGCUCGAUCGUGGGUUCAGGCGAUGCUGCCAGCAAAAGCGCAAAGCGCGCGCACAGGAUGGGAUACGAGGCGGCCGGAGGACUUUGUGGAUUGUAGGGAGACGGGCAACCAAGUCAAGCAUGUGCAUGUGCAGCUGCGUAUGCAUGCAUGCACCUUGCUCGGAAAGGAGAAAGAGAAAAAGGGUAAAGCUCUGCUGGCUUGGUUUUCCGUUGGUGUUAUCCUCGGCGUGGUUUGAACGAUGCUUUUGGGAUGCUUCCAAAUUAUUUUGGGCCGCUGCUACUUCAUUUUGAUUCAAGGGCAAAAUUUUCCUAGCUUGCCAUUUAUUUGUU